GCGCACUGUGGUACGACAGAGGCGGGGCCGAGUCCGUAAAGCAGCGUCCCGACGCCAAGUAGGCGCUGAGGUGAAAAGGGUGCUGGUGAAAGAUUUGUGGCGGUGCAGACAUGGCUGGUCCCUUGCAGGGUGGUGGGGCCAGGGCUCUGGGCUUGAUCCGGACCCUGCCCCGUGUGAGUCUGGCCAACCUAAAGCCGAAUCCAGGUUCAAGGAAACUGGAAAGACGACGAAGAGGUCGGAGAAGAGGUAGAAAAUGUGGCAGGGGCCAUAAAGGAGAACGGCAGAGGGGAACACGGCCCCGACUGGGCUUCGAGGGAGGCCAGACCCCAUUUUACAUCCGAAUCCCCAAAUACGGGUUUAAUGAAGGGCAUAGCUUCAGACGCCAGUAUCAGCCUUUGAGUCUCAACAGACUGCAGUACCUUAUUGAUUUGGGUCGAGUUGAUCCCACUCAGCCUAUUGACUUAACCCAACUCGUCAAUGGAAGAGGUGUGACCAUUCAGCCACUUAAAAGGGAUUAUGGUGUCCAGUUGGUAGAAGAGGGUGCUGACACCUUUAAGGCAAAAGUUAAUAUUGAAGUACAGUUGGCUUCAGAACUAGCCAUUGCUGCAAUUGAAAAAAAUGGCGGUGUCAUUACUACAGCUUUCUAUGAUCCAAGAAGUCUGGAAAUUCUAUGCAAACCUGUUCCAUUCUUCCUGCGGGGACAACCCAUUCCAAAAAGAAUGCUUCCACCUGAAGCCUUAGUCCCAUAUUACACUGAUGCAAAGAAUCGGGGUUACCUGGCGGAUCCUGCCAAAUUUCCUGAAGCAAGACUUGAACUUGCCAAGAAGUAUGGUUAUAUUUUACCUGAUAUCACUAAAGAUGAACUCUUCAAGAUGCUUAGUACUCGAAAGGAUCCAAGGCAGAUUUUCUUUGGUCUCGCUCCUGGAUGGGUGGUGAAUAUGGCAGAUAAGAAAAUCCUAAAGCCUACAGAGGAGAAUCUGCUCAAGUAUUACAGCUCAUGAAUUUUCUUCCAAGAAAGCAGAGUCGUAAGAGAAUACUGGAAAAGGGAAUGAAACAUAUGUAUUUCUCAUUGCAUUUCCUUUGUAAUUCUCCAGAUGCCUUUUAAAAAAUGUUUUUGGUAUAAUCAUAUCUUUUUUUCACUUUUAUCCAAAAUUAAAAUUAAAAUGCAGUAAACAAGGACUGCAUAGAGGGACUCAAACUGUGUGGGUUCUAUCGAAGAUACUCCCUGAUGGUCUGCCAAAGGAACAUUAUAACAUUUAGAAAUAUAACAUAUUUCUAGCCCUGCCUAGUGUGGCUUAGUGGAUUGAGUGCUAGCCUGAAAACCGAAAGGUCACUGGUUCAAUUCCCUGCCCCAGCAUGUGCCUGGGUUGUGGGUCAGGUCCCUAGUUGGGAGCACGCAGGAGACAGCUGAUUGAUGUAUGAUGUAUUUCUCGCACAUUAAGGUUUUCCUCACUUUCCCCCCUCUCAAAAAAUAAAUCAUUUUAAAAAGAAGCAAGAAAGAAAAAGACUAACUUUAAAAAAAUUUUUUUUCUAGCUGAUUUUUUUAUGAUCUUUUCAUCCAGGUCUUGUCAUUUUUGCAAAUCAGAAUGAAUGGGUAAAUGGUAUGGGAUUUAUUUGCAUGCCUGCUCAGUCAAGGUUAGAACAGUUGCUAGUCAGCAGGUAGGUGCCCCCUCUUAAUCAGUAGCCUCAAGGGAGCUCUGCUAUCCUGUGUUAGGAUGGUAAGCCUCCCACUUAAGGAGAUUAAGAUAUGGAAUGUGAGUAUAAGGUUUAAGACUGGUGAAUGACUUCUAGGAAGUACAGUAUUUGCUAGCAAGUUGAAACAAAAAUUUAAGUGAAUUUUCUCAACUCUGAUGCACAAUUCACAAACAAGCCACUAUUUUUUCUUGACAAAAAUGUUUAAUUCUUACUAAUAUACAUUUACUUAUUUCAUAGAUAUUGUAGACCUUUGUCUUUCAGUCAUUUUAAAUGAUGUUGAAAAAUUGUUCUUUGAGUAUAUAAGCCAUAAAAACAGUAAUGUGAAAAAUUAAACACAAGUUAAUAUAAAAGAUUCAGCAAUCGGUAAGCUUAUUUAGAUUUUCAGAGUUAUAUCUACCACAGCAUAGAUAAAAUGAUUCUCACUAUGUAUAUUCUUAAAAUAAAAAAUUUAAAAACCUAAAUGGUGCAAGAUUUUGUUAACUUAUUUACCUCAUAUACUGCUGGCCUGAAAUUCAGUUUGUAAUUUAUAUACCAGUUUAUUUCAAUUUUUAUUCAGGAUAGUUUGGCUUGUUAUUAAACUAUUCCUUAAAAUACCAGAACUUAGGAAAAUCUAUUAGGAUCAUCUUCUAUGAUAGCCACUUAGGAAUUUCAGAGGACAGGCAAAAACAUAAAAACGUGUUUUUAUUUUUCAGAUACCCCAAGUAACAGAGUUGGGGUAUUAGGAUUGGUUUUGGCUCCAUUGAUAACCCCAAAUCACAGUUGCUUGAAUGAGGUGAAGUUUAUCUUUUUCUCUCAGAGGGAGUGCCAAGGGUUAGUGCAGGGCUCAUUGCUGCCUCUGCUCCACAACAUCUCAGAGCCCAUGGCUUCUCCCUGUUGAGCUCUAAUCUCUAGAGUGAGAUGGACAUCUUCAUAAUCCAAAUUGAGAUCAAUAAGGAGCUUUUCCUAAGGAAGAUUCAGAAAAGCUCGACACAAAACCAAUGCUGAAACCCGACUGGCCAGAGCUUGGAUACAGUGCUCUUCUGCAAAACAGCCUGAAGUCUUUACUUUGGUAACUUACAUUCUUAGCUUAAAAGUUCUGUUACAAUGGGUGAAUAAGAAGAUAUAUUGGAGAACAGGGGAAUUGACAACUAUUUUGGUAUCCAUCAAACUUCAACCUCUGGGUUAAUUGACUUACAGUAGAAAAACA